AUGUCGAAAGUCACGUUCGCGAUCAUCGCAGCUGGCGGUGCCGCGGCUGGCGCAGCAGCCACAGCCGCCUUCUAUUCGACCAAGAAGGACGGCCUGCCGCCCACGCCCGUCACCACGACCACCACGACAACAGUCAGCGGCCCUCCACGACCAGCGCCCAUUCCCUCCAUCCCGUCGGUGCCCGCUCCUGCCGCGGCGUACCGCACGCCCAUUGUCGACCCCAACGGGCUCUUCCAGUAUGGCUUCCCCGGCCCCGUCAACGACCUCCGCCCCGCGGCGUCGCUCACGUCGGCGUACGACCGCGAGCGGCGCAACCCGGCGUGGGUGGCCGAGCACAUAACGCCGGCGUCACUAGCCGCCAGCAAUGCAGACCGCAAGCACAGCGUGUUCGUCGAGGACGUCAGCAUCCCGGAGAAGUUUCGGGCGAAGCUGAAGGACUACUUCCGCAGCGGGUACGACCGCGGGCACCAGGUGCCGGCGGCGGACGCAAAGUGGAGCCAGGAAGCCAUGGACGACACGUUCGCGUUGAGCAACAUGUGCCCGCAGGUCGGUGACGGGUUCAACCGCGACUACUGGGCGCACUUUGAGGACUUUUGCAGACGCCUCACGCGCUCGUACCCCAGCGUCCGGAUCGUCACGGGGCCGUUGUACCUGCCCAAGCGCGACGCGGACGGGAAGUGGCGCGUCAGCUACGAGAUGAUUGGCACGCCGCCGAACGUGGCGGUGCCGACGCAUUUCUACAAGGUCAUCUUCGCCGAGGACGGGAGCGUGGGGGGCAAAGUUGCGCUCGGCGCCUUUGUGCUGCCGAAUGCGCGCAUCGACAACAAGAAGCCGUUGACGGACUUUGAGGUGCCUAUCGAAGCGGUCGAGCGCGCCAGCGGGCUGGAGUUUGCGACCAAGCUGGACCCUGCGCGGAGGAAGAGGCUGUGUCAGGAGGUGAGCUGUUCGGUUAUAGUUAGGGAGUUUGCGCAGAAGCAGAAGGGGUUCAAGGCUGCGUGA